UGUCAAAUAUUUUCAAGGCUGCAUGUGUUGAAUUAAAUUUCAACAAACGUGAUAACAGCACCAGCAAAUAACAUUUUAACCCGCCACGCAGAAAGUGUAUAAUUCCGCACAUUUAGAUGAGAGGAAGCCGCGCGGUCGGCGUGCAAGACUUCGUUCCGGGUGCAUCAAAAACAAAGGGGUUUUUUUGACCAUGGGAUAUUAUUGCACUGUCCCGCAAUGCACAUCGCUGGCUGGAAAGACGAAGAACGUGAAGUUCCACCGUUUCCCGCGCGAUGUGACCAUGGCGGACAAGUGGAACGUGAUACUGAAGCGAAUGAAACCGUACACAAAGUAUUCCAAAGUUUGCAGUCUCCACUUUACUCAGGCGGACUAUAACGUCACCACUAUGGGUAAGACGAAAGGUCAAUGGAAGACGUUGAGCAAAGAUGCAGUGCCUUCACAGAACCUUCCUCGUCUGCACCCAGACGGAACAGUCAUGGUCAUCAGGAAGUCCAGGACGGUCAAAUUCAGGGACGGAUCUACGAAGAAGGACGGGGAGAGCCACAGCGACAAAACGCACGACAAAUGGCCGCAGACCGCCGCUAUGUUGCAAAAUGGCGCCUCUUCCGGCUCCGGCGGCAGCAGCGACGGCCCCUCCACGUCUUCCAUCCAUGACGCCGCCGCUGUGGCAUACCGCCUGCAAUCACUGGCCAACAUCGCCAACAGUUUGACCCAACAAGUGCACCAGAGCCAACAAAUGGCCGCCCAGAACAGUACAAUCACCAACUCUGCCCAACCCUCGCCACCCAACCCUGGACCACAGCCAAGCAACUCAACUCCCAAACCAAGGAAACAAGAUGCUAUUAUGCAAACCGACCCACUGUCAGAAGAAGAAGAAAACAAAUUGAACGCUAGUUACAGCGAUUCAGAGCAUUCGUUCCAAUCCGAACGAGUGAAUGAGUCGUACCCCCAACCAGCUACACAGUACCCGAAGGAAACAGAAAACUAUGAGCCACCAGGCAACCAUGACUACGAAAUACCCAAAGACUACACAAAAAGCACCAACGAUGACUACAUACAGAACGAAGAAGCUGAAAAGUUUGCCAUGGUACGGAAACCGCACUAUGACAAACCUGAGAAUGGUUACCCCAAAUACGUUCCCGGUUCUUACUCCAAAGAAAUGUGCAAUACGGAUUACAACAGGGAGUCGUUCCAAGAGAAACAUCCAGAGUAUCCGAGACAAGAGGUGUUAUACGGUUACCAGAAUGGGUAUCCAGAUCCAGUGGAGAUAUUGAAGAAUCAACAGCAUAAUCUUCAGAUCUUGCAAGGGCAGCAUAGAGUGGCUGAGAACCAGAAUUUCUUCAACGAGAAUCAUAUUAAACAGGAGAUAGAUUUGAGUAAUGAGGAUGAGAAGUAUAUGUAUGAACGCGGAAAGGAUAUGGAAGGCAGCAUGUACUCCCAGCGGCGUCUGCUGCCGCACCCCGUGAAGACGGAGCCCGACCCACUCGGAGUGUGUGACAACGGCAUGCCCCCGCAGAACAGCCCCUACUACCAGAUGCAGGAGGGACAGGCGGCAGGUGGUUUCUACGAGCAGUUCGCGCGCCAGCCCGGCCCCGAGCUGCUCAUAGCCAAGCAGAACGCACUCGCCGCGCAGACGCACCUCUGGCAGAAUACGAUGAAGCGACCAUUCUUCUACAGUGAAAACCCACACUACGUGCCGGGAUCUCAGUUGAUACAUAGAUAUGAGGAUCUAACGCGGAUUCUGCAGUGAUGCCCACAUUCCACAGAGCGGCCGUACCAUGAAAAAUCUCCUACAAAAAGGUUUUUAAUGUUAUAUUUUUAUAUUGUUUAUUUCGUAGUAGUAACUUUACUUUUACGUCUUAAUUUUAGUCACUUUGCAAUAUGUGCGUAUUUUUUUUCUGUCUAGAAACAAUAUGGCCAAUUUUAUUGUUUAAAAUGCUUGAAAAAUUUUAAUUUUUUGUUUCUAAAUCAUGUGCUUGUAAUGAGCGAACGUUUUACAGAGAUAUUUUUCGCUAAGAGCCUAUCGUUUUACACGUCGAAUAGUGAAUGUUUUUAAAAAUUUUAACUGUCAUAAUAAAAUUAUUGUUACGUUAAAAAAAACAUUCGUUUCAGUAACAGAUUGGGUGGAAUUUUGGGAUUUAUCAGGCCUUCAGGUUGGUUACUGAUAAUUUGAACUGCCAAAGCUUCAGUUUUUAUUUUAUUCUGUGGCCUAAAUAAUUGAUGUUACCAUAAAACUCAACCUUUUCUUGCACGUGAAAUAUUUUUUUAAUUGUGUUUAACUGAAAAUUGUACAAAUUAUUCGAAAAAUCAUUUAUGUAAAGUACUGUGCAAUUUUUACGAUUUUUAAACCGAAAUUCGGUACAAAUUGUACAUUGCCCUUAUAAAAAAUACUUAUCAUUUACCUAGGUUAAGUAAAAGAUUUUUAGUAUCCUUGAUUUUAGCCAUGUUAAAUUUAAAUUAACAGGUGUUUUCUUAUAUUUUUUGACGUAUUAGUGUAUUUUUUAUUUGAAAAAAAAAACUUAUUCGUCGACAAUAAAAUUCAACAAAACGUUUAGAAUAGUAAAAAAUAAGUUUAUUAUAAACAGUAAAAUGUGUUUUAGUGAAUCUAUAGUUACCAUAGUGCACAUUCUAUGUUUAUUUUUUUUAUUAUAGCUGUGUCCAAAAAUUUAGUUGAUUUUGUUGAGUGAAGGCCGAUGGCAAAUAAAAAAAAAGUGAUAUUUUAUCGAAUUUAUGUGGCCAUUUGAGAAAAGAAAAGAAAAUUUAGAAUUAUAUAAACGUCACAAUUUGUUUUGUUUAUUUUUUGUUAAAAAAUACUUGCCAAAGCUUUCUUUUUGUUUACCAAUUUUAUAGCCGUUCCACUUAGUUUGGUGCUCCCAAAUUUUAUUUUAAAAUACAAUAUAUCUAAAUAGUUUAUUUUCGUAAGCGUGCAUUUUUAUGUUAAAAGAUACUUACUAUUUAUAAAUACUAUAUCUAAGAGUACAAUUUUCAAAGUUUGUACGCACAUAAUAUGUAUGAUUAGCAGAACGCUAGUUUUUGUUUUUAUAUGUAAAAAACCGAAAAGGAUUUCUAUAAUAUAUGCCACUUUAUUUACCGUAGUUUUGUAAGAGACUGGGAAUGUGGUUUAAGAGUGUAUAAUAUCGUGAAAGUAUGAGCGUGCACAAACUAUAUUCUCCAUUUAUUGAAAAAAUAUAUAUUUAAGUAUGUUUUUAUAGAAAUUUUGACAAUCUGUGACUCUCUUUAUUUUUGUUAUGUUUUGAGUUUUAAGUUUAUUAUGAGAGUUUUUUUUACAUAAUAAUUUGAUAAAUUUAUAUAAAAUUGUAUAGAUAGUGUUUUACCCUUGUAUCACCUUCAUAUAUAUUUUUGUAUAUAAGUAUUUUUUAUUCAUUUUAUUAAUAGUUUUAUGUUAUUUGUCCGCGCUCUACGUUAGACCAAAGCUGUGAAUAUUAUAAACAGAGAACGUAUAAGGAAAAGAAAUGCGAUUUUUAUACAGAAAAAUAGGGCAUAUUUUUCGAGUACACACUCGAAAUAUGAUCUCGUCAGUAAAUAUGAAAAUCAGAGGAUCUGUUACGUACAUUUAUUACCUAGAGGUAUAAAUAAAAAAAAGAAUGCCUAUUUUUUUGUUGUAAAAAAUCGUGUUUUUUAAUAGAUAAAACGUGAUUUAUAAAUUAUGAGGAAGCCUUUAUCUAUUAUUUAACUUUGAUAUUCAGUAAAUGUUGUUUUUGUAAAAAAAUAUGCGGCUUUUCUUAUAGUUUAGGAAUCGCUUUAGCGAGUAAGUAAAAAAAUGGAGAUUCGGAGUCAGAUAUUUUUAGUAAUAAAUCAUGGAAAAGAAGAACUAUUAAAUAUACGUCUAAAAAGUAAAUAUCGAAAGUUUCGUUUUAAUAUAUUUUUUACAAGCAGUGGCCAUUUUGUCAAAUAAAUAAGUAAAAUUAUA